AUGACCACGAAGAACAUGGGUGCGAAGACGAGCAAGAAAGGCUACAGGUCGGUCACCCACCUUGCCGCGCCCCAGCUGGCCAAAAAGCACGCCCAUGCGCGAUCGCUCGACGGCAACCUGCACACCUUCGUGCGCCCCGUCGGGCACGUGAUCACCUCGCAGGACAGGGACUCCCGGCUCCUCUGCCGGCUCCGCAUGGGGUUGCCUAUGGACUACGUCCAGAUUGCCGACAGCGCACCCGAGGACGCGGUCGACGAGACGCUUCACCAGCUGGAGGAGAGCAUGACCAACUUCCUGGUGGUCAAGUUCACGAAGCCGGGCACCGUGGUCUGGUCCGCGCCGCUGUCCGGGGGUGCGUCGUGGAGGGCCGCCGGGGAGGUCCUCUUCGCGGUGCAGCUGAACGACGGCAGCGGGCAGGUGGUGGUGGUCAGGACGCCCAACUUCGACAUACGCUACCCGAACGAGACGUCCUGGGUCGUCAGGAAGACUCUCACCACCAGGUGGAGGUCAAUGGAAGAGCAGCUCUACACGAAUCUGAAUGGGAACUCGGCACAGCGGAUGGCUGCGAAUCUAUCGAAGUUACCAGCACUGCCCAUGUUGGACGAGUCGGGCGCCGAAUUCGCCCGGAAGUUGCGCAAGGCGCACGGUAAGACAGACGAGCUUCCCCCCGUACUUCUGCCAUCAGCAGGAUCAGAUGCAGAAGAGGUGGCAGUCGAUCGCCAGGCAUCCAUGUUCGCCCGCGGCGUCCAGCUGCCAGAGGUCGACACGGGGGACGGGUACAACAGGCCCAUCUACGUCGAGAAGCACGCCUUCGUCUGCCGGAUCCGCAAGCGCGAGGGGGGCGGCGUCUUUUGCCGGCGGCAGUCCAACAAUUGGUGGCGAGCGGUGCUCGAGUCCUGCGGGGACCUGGGCAAGGAGCUGUCCCUGCACGACGUGAGGCGCGCUCCCACCCUGGAGGAGGACGUCGACAAGGUUCGGCGGCGCCUCCAAGGAGGCUUCUGA